GUUUUUUUAAACAAACUGUAUGGAGAUCGAAUGUUUAAUCGAUGAGAAAAUUAGCAGAAUAUCGGCCAAAAUCCAUCUCGCUCCAUUUUCUCCUACUACUAGCCACUGGCCUUCCUCUCCUCACCAUAUUUGGUGGUGAGUGGGAACGCCAACUGGAUGCUUCAUAUUUAUACAUCCGGUGAAACAUCUAGGAGGGGUGCUAUCAUUGAGUUAUAGAUGGGAUGUUUCCAUCAUGGCGGCAUCCAUUUCGGGAUAUACUUUUAGUUCUGUGUGUUAUCACAGCGCUAACAGCAACUCUGAUCAUGAGGGAUUCCUUUUAGGAGAAGUUAGGCAUGAAGAAACUGUCAGCAUCAGUGAUACACAGAUCAGCAGUUCUGAACUACUCCAAGUAGUAGAAGUCCACAAUCAUGAGCCUUGUGCACAGCUAUUUAGCUUUUAUGAUUAUGCUGGACAAGUCAAUGAAGAGAGUCUUAACAGAAUUCUUAAAGACAGACGGAAAAAUGUCAUCGGCUGGUACAGGUUCAGGAGGAACACUCAGCAGCAGAUGUCGUUCAGGGAACAGAUCAUCCAUAAGCAGCUGACCCAGCUGCUAGGAGUGCCUGACCUAGUCUUCCUCCUCUUUAGCUUCAUCUCCACAGCCAACAACUCCACACACGCCCUGGAGUAUGUGCUGUUCAGACCCAACCGCAGGUACAACCAGAGGGUGACCCUCAGCAUCCCAAACCUGGGCAACACCAGCCAGCAGGAAUACAAGGUCUCCUCUGUCCCCAACACCUCACUCAACUACGCCAAGGUCAUCAAAGAGCAUGGGGCUGAAUUUUUUGACAAAGAUGGUGUGAUGAAGGAUAUCAGAACAAUUUUUCAAGUCUACGGUGCACUACAAGAUAAAGUGCAAUCUGUAUGUGGAGAGGUUGAGCAGAGUGAACGUGUGAAAGAGAAAGUCCAGGAGGAGGUGAACAAACUCAAACAGCAAAUUGUUCUCAGGAAACGAAAAACCACAAAUGAAGAGAGAAGACUCCAGGAAGCGCAGAACCCUGAGCCACGUCUCACUCCUGAGGAGAACACAGAGCCCCCGGAGACCUCCCUCCUGUCCAGAGUGGCCUUCCACACCCCAUCCACCCCCGAGCGGCCAGGUCCCUCCGCAAACCCUCCUGCCUACGCAGACCUCCUAUCCUUGCAGAAUGACUCACUUCUCCCCUUCUCAUCCUCCCCUACCAGUGCUGCGCUGCUCCCACGGCCCCAGGCUGUGGGCUCCCCAGGCCACCCUUCUCCCAGCCCAUUAGGUCUGGGCCUCAGUGCUGGCCCCAACCCUGCUCCUAGCCCUGGUACACCAUACCUGGGAAACGGGGACGGAUCCAGCUCUGACUCCCUGGACAGACAGGCCGCAGGGCAAGAGGAUGAUGACGAGGAGGAAGAUGAUGAUGAUGGUAGCAGCGAGUACGAGAACCUUGUGAGCGAGGUGGGGCAGUUGCCCCCAGUUUCCGCCAGUGUGUUGCUGCAGGGCCGCCCAGCUGCCCUCAGUCCGGACGGCGACGCCUCAGUCCGUGGUUCACAGACCUAGUAGAUGGGGAUGAGGGGGGGGGCUCAAUUAACUGACGCACCGAGAUAGGAGGGCGUCCAAACCAAUCAAAGAUAAUUAUUCUAUAUUACAGAGGAAGUGCCAGCCCUGAAAAUAAAAGGCAUGCGCAGGUGGGGUAUUCUGCUGUGUAUAUCUGUUUGUCUUAGUUUUAUCUCUAUUCUGGGGGGAAUGUCAAGCUUCAUGGGGUUUUACUUUUCUGUCUAGCAUGGAAAAGAUAGUCCGUUGGCGCCUGGCUCUCUUCAGUGGAUGUGUAUUGAUUUAGGGACGGAGGACGUUAUAAUGGAAUAAACGCCAACCGGUUUGUCCGACCUCUCCGUAUGGAUAGACCCACUCCGCUUUUCCUGGAUCAUGCUGCGUCACAUCUGCAUCACCAACUUUAAGCAUCCAAUUGUACCAUUACCUCUUGCACUAUUUUUGCUUUUUUUUAAACAAUUUAAGAAAAGCAAAAGGAAAAUGUUCUGCGGCCUUCAAACCUUUUCUUUUUUUUUGUGAGACAGGCGAGAGAUUUUUAUUCAAUAUUUUUGGGGUCGUGAUUUGCUUAAAUGAAGAGCGAUGGUGGUGACUGUCAAAGUAAUGGAAACACUUGAGUAUAUUCAAAGCAGGUGCUUCCAAACACAGGUGGGGAACCUGAGUUAAGCUAUUAUCAUCCCAUCAUGCCUAUGGGCAUGUAUAAAAAUGCUUGGCAGGUCAUUAUUUUGGCUACUAUGGCUAUGCCACCAACCACAGGGCACUAGUUGUUACUGAAUGGUUUGAUGAGCAUGAAAACAAUGUAAACCAUAUUCGAAUGCUGUCUGUCACCAGACCUCAUCCCAAUUGAACGCUUAUGGGAAAUUCUGGAGCGGUGCCUGAGACAGCAUUUUUCACCACCAUCCAUGUCGCAUCCCUCCCAAGUUCCAGACACUUGUAGAAUCUAUGCCAAGGUGCAUUGAAGCUGUUCUGGCCCCAACGCCCUAUUAAGUCACUUUAUGUUGGUGUUUCCUUUAUUAUUGUCAGUUAUGUAUGUAAACUAUCAUUUCGGUAGCUUGCACGGUUCUAGACACUCAACUUUGAACUGUCAUUAGGAUUUAAUUUCCUUUUAACAUCAAUGUAUUUUUAAGAAUCAUGCGGUUGCCUAUUUAGAUGACGAAGAAUAGUUUUUAUUCAAAGUUGUCCUUUGCCACUACUAUAAUGGGUGCUUAUAUUAUUUUUAUGACAAUGUUAAUGUCACUCUGUCUCAUUCUUCUAUAAUAACACUGAAACUGUAUGCGCUUUGCUGCACUUAACAAAUGUAGUUGAUUUAUUUUAUUGUGCUUUACCAAUGCAGUUCAGUUGUGCUACUUGAGUAGUAUGCUUUGACCACCUGAGCAGAGCUAGCUCAGCUUUUGCGCAUUGUAUGGGGUCGACAGAGCGAAAACACAACUUACUGUAGCUUUACUAACCAGACAACUCUGCUGCAUCAGAGCUAGCAGUAAACAAGAAACUGCUUCUACAUAGACCUGUCUGCUUCUUCCACCUGUUGUCCUUGCACUGCUGGUUGCCUCCAUUACUGCUGACACUGACUAGAAUGGCUUCUCCCUGGGUAAUUCUGAUGGAAAGGUUCUCCCUGUAGUGUCUAAAUGUGUUACAGCCUGGAAACAAGGCAACUCCUGCCUGUCCUGUCAAAACCAAUAGACCUCACACUCAAAGCUGGUUGGGCUAAAUGUGUAUGGACCUUUUGAUAAUGUGACAAAUAUGACCUCAAUUCAUAGUCCAGUGCCUUCCAUUUUGACAGUUACACUGGCUCGUAACUACACACACAAUGCAAGCGACUGGAAAGAAGUUUGUUCCAAUUGUGGUGAGAGGAUCCUUUACCCUGCAGUGUUAACCUACGCCGUGUAUAUCUUUUUUGUGCUCUGCUUACCCCACAUCAUAUUUGGUUGUUUACAGUCACGUUAGUUAAGCUAACGUAGCAGGCAUAAAAUAAAUGCCUGAAGCUAGAUCCCCUACAUACUAGUCUUGACUAGAAGGAAAAAAACACUGUCGUGGGAGGUUCUCUUCUGCACUGUUCAAUCAAUCCAGUAAAUGUCGAGGAGUUGUAAGUGGGAGUGUCGCCUUGUUAAUGUCCAAAAGGAGAAGUUGCAUCACUUGCUCACUUUCCAUUUCCCCUGAAAACCGGAACAUACAGUUGUUGGGGACUCUGCAGAGGCUACUGUCACGUUGGAUGGGUACUGUUAGAAACUAACUUUGCAGUAGACUGACUUCCUUGACCCUUCACAGAAUCCCAAUAUUGCUGUUUGAAACUGGAAUUACACUGAACAAAAAUAUAAACGUAAAGUGUUGGUCUGAUGUUUCAUAAUAAGCUGAAAUAAAAGAUCCCAGACAUUUUCCAUAUGCACAAAAAGCUUAUUUCUCUAAAAUUGUUUGCACAAAUUUGUUUAGAUCCCUGUUAGUGAGCAUUUCUCCUUUUCCAAGAUAAUCCAUCUACCUGACAGGUGUGGAAUAUCAACAAGCCGAUUAAACAGCAAGAUCAUUACACAUGUACACCUUGUGGAGACAAUAAAAAGCCUGCCUCCAAUGUCGUUUUUGAGAAAUGGCCUCACAACCGCAGACCACGUGUAAACACGCCAGCCCAAGGACCUCCACAUCCGGCUUCUUCACCUGCGGGAUCGUCUGAGACCAGCCACCCAGACAGCUGAUGAAACUGAGGAGUAUUUCUGUCUCAUAAAGCCCUUUUGUGGGGAAAAACACAUUCUGAUUGGCUGGGCUGGCUCCCAAGUGGGUGGGCCUAUUCUCUCCCAGGCCCACCUAUGGCUGCGACCCUGCCCAGUCAUGUGGAAUCCAUAUAUUAGAGCCAUUUAAAUUAAUUUCCUUAAUUGAACUGUAACUAAGAGAAAUUGUUGCAUGUUGCGUUUAUAUUUUUGUUCAGUAUACACUAUAGUGGGAAGAAAUCCCAUACUUAGAUCGAGAGACGGGUUCUGAGUCAAGCCCAGAACGAUGAGUGUGUGACACAUUUAGAGAUGGCCCAGUGACUUUUCAGAGAUAAGCUAGUGAGUGAGGGGAGACUUGAGUGACUUUAGGGGACCUUGCACGUUCGAGGCAGACAAUGACACAGCUCAAUUCUCCAUGGAUGGUUUUAAGCAUUUAGCAUGAUAAUGUGCAAGGAAUAGUCUGCUAAUUAGCCAGAAGGGAUGUAGGGAGGAGCUUUACCAUGUAAAGCAGUUUGUUCUUUUUACUGCAACCAGCUUUUCCCAUGUACAGCCCAUUUCUUGUAUGUCGCUCUUUCUGUCUUAAGGUCAUCUAGCUUUCCUUCAUCACUUAGCCAUGUCAACUCAUAACGUGGCGGACUGGUACUCCAUUUUUAUUUUAUUGUUUACAAAUUAAUCACUGAAUAACAAAGUCACAACUGAUUAUAGUGACAAAAUUGAGAGUGAAAGGAGUGAUUUCCACUUGAUCACUGGAAUAAAAAAUGGGAGUUAAGAACAAAUAAUAAUGUACACUGUACAGUAGAUGGGAGGGGGUAGCAUUCAAACAGCACUUAUUUAUGAGCAUCUCAGUCAUGUUGGAAGUGGCUGGCAGGAGAGGAGGGUGAAAGUACUCUAAACAACACGGAUUGGCCCCAAGCUGAAAGCGGCCCCUGAGAUCCUUCUCUCUGAAGCACAAAGUCCCAUUAAAUCCCUGAUGUCUGAACAUGUCUAUCAUAGGCGGGACAGUGAUAGACCAAGCUCUUUUGGUCACAGUUGUUCUCUCACAGAGAACACGGUUCUUAUGUGGGGUGUAAUAAAAGAGACAUGCUUAUUUA